GAAACCGGCUCUGGCAAAAGGGCUGCGGCACCGGUGUCCGCGGAGGUAGCGGCUCCUGGAGGCCCCUGAGAGGGGAGGGAGCAGAAGCAGCGGCGCCGGGCGAAGGCGUUCGGCUUCCGGGCUCCCUAGCUGAGCCCGGCGCGGGUGGGUGUUCGCCUCCGUCAGUGCCACGGUGUCUCUUGCGGCAGGCAGAGCUAGGCAGCCCGACUUGCUUCGGUAGCCGAUCCGAUCCCCGCUGCCCGGUCACCCGCAUGCAGCCCUCACCCUGGAGCGGAGGCGGCGGAUCGAAGAGCUCUCCAGAACCUCCCGGCAGCGGCUGCUUCAGUCCAGGGACAAGAUGUUCUCCAAGUUCACCUCCAUCCUGCAGCACGCCGUGGAGGCGCUUGCACCUUCCCUUCCAUUGCAAGAGGACUUUGUUUACCAUUGGAAGGCAAUUACCCAUUACUACAUAGAAACAUCAGAUGACAAAGCUCCUGUGACUGAUACCAAUAUUCCAUCACAUCUGGAGCAAAUGUUGGACAUUUUGGUUCAGGAAGAAAAUGAAAGGGAAUUUGGGGAAACAGGGCCUUGUAUGGAAUAUCUGCUACAUCACAAAAUCUUGGAGACUUUAUACACCUUGGGCAAGGCUGAUUGUCCUCCAGGCAUGAAACAGCAGGUUUUAUCUUUUUAUACUAAACUUCUGGGAAGAAUACAGCAACCUCUUCUUCCACACAUAAAUGUACACAGACCUGUGCAGAAAUUAAUCAGACUUUGUGGUGAAGUCCUAGCAACACCUACAGAAAAUGAAGAAAUCCAAUUUCUCUGCACAGUAUGUUCAAAAUUGAAACAAGAUCCAUACCUGGUUAACUUUUUCCUUGAGAACAAGCAGAAAGGAUUGGCUUCAAAAGAUGCAGCAAACUCAGUCAUAGAAGACGUGGUAGAAGGGCAAGGUUCUGGGGUGACAGAUACAGGACAAUCCAUUCAGUCUGAAGAAACAUCAAAUAGGACAAAACAAGCAGAGAGAGAGAAUAACCUUCAGCAAGCAGAUGACUUGUCUGCAAAUCAAGUUGAAUUAAACAUCCCUUCAUCUCCAGAGGCUAUAGCUGUUCGCCCACAUGGGGACUAUAAUUUGGUGAAUUCUCUGCUCAAUCUUACCAAAAGCCCGGAUGGCCGAAUAGCAGUGAAAGCUUGUGAAGGCCUCAUGCUUCUAGUGAGUCUGCCUGAGCCAGCAGCUGCCAAGUGCUUAACACAGAGUACCUGUUUAUGUGAACUGCUGACAGAUAGGCUGGCCUCUCUCUACAAAGCCCUUCCUCAGUCAUUGGAUCCCUUAGAUAUCGAAACAGUCGAAGGCAUUAACUGGGGUUUGGAUUCCUACAGCUACAAAGAAGAUGCAUCUGCUUUCCCAGGGAAAAGAGCUCUGAUUUCAUUCCUAUCCUGGUUUGAUUACUGUGAUCAGCUCAUUAAGGAAGCUCACAAGACAACUGCUGUUGCCAUGGCAAGCUCAGUGCGGGAGCGUUUUUUCAUUGGCGUGAUGGAACCUCAGCUAAUGCAAACUUCAGAGAUUGGAAUUCUUACUUCAACUGCCCUGUUGCAUCGUAUCGUUCGGCAAGUCACAUCAGAUGCCUUAGUUCAUGAAAUGGUUUGCUUUAUCCUUGGAGAGCAGAGGGAGCCAGAAAAACUAAUGGAUGUCAACAGGCACCCAUUGCGACAUCGCUUAAUUGAGCACUGUGAUCACAUUUCAGAUGAGAUCAGCAUAAUGACCCUCAGAAUGUUUGAACAUCUUUUGCAAAAGCCUGAUGAACACAUUCUUUAUAACCUGGUUCUUAGAAAUUUAGAGGAGAGGAACUAUACUGAAUAUAAACCACCCUGCCAAGAAGAUAAAGAUGUGGUAGAAAAUGGGCAGAUAGCAGGAGCAGUAGACCUAGAAGAAGAUCCUUUGUUUACAGAUCUUUCUCCUGAUACUGUAUUGUCAAAUCAAGAGUGGCUUAGCGCUUCACCACCUACAACCCCAGAUCAUCCAAAAAAUGAUGGGAAGACUGAAGUCCAUAAAAUUGUAAAUAGUUUUCUCUGUCUUGUACCAGAUGAAGCCAAAUCUUCUUACCAUGUGGAAGGAACAGGUUAUGAUACCUACCUCAGAGAUGCCCAUCGACAAUUUCGGGAUUAUUGUUCCACAUGCUUACGAUGGGAAUGGCCAGGAUCUCCUAAGCCUCUGGAAAAGUGCAAUUUAGAAGCUGCAUUCUUUGAAGGACAUUUCUUAAAAGUUCUCUUUGAUAGAAUGGGCAGAAUUCUUGAUCAGCCAUAUGAUGUCAAUUUACAAGUCACAUCUGUAUUGUCCAAGCUCUCCUUGUUUCCACAUCCACAUAUUCAUGAAUACCUUUUGGAUCCCUAUGUAAACCUGGCUUCUGGCUGCCGUUCUCUUUUUUCAGUAAUUGUUAGAGUUGUUGGGGAUCUCAUGGUACGGAUUCAGCGCAUACCUGAUUUCACACCUAAACUUCUACUGGUCAGGAAGCGUCUUCUUGGUUUAGAACCGGAAGGGCCUAUUGUUGACCACAUGACAUUACUUGAAGGUGUGAUAGUAUUAGAAGAGUUUUGUAAAGAGCUGGCUGCAAUUGCAUUUGUGAAAUACCACUCUUCAUCAACACCAUGAGCAGCAAUCUUGGGUUGUUGAAAUUUCAUGAUCAUUUAGGGUUUCAGUCAGAAAUGGCUGAUAAAUCUUCCCAGGCAAGAAAGCAAAAAAGCAAAGCAUUGGCAUUCAUUUGGAAAGUUGAUAUGGGACACAUUCAAAUUGUAGAAGUGCUUUCUUCGUUCAUUGGCAGUAGCCACUUGGAAAUGCAAAACAGACAUCUUACCAUCAAUGCAAAUCAAGGGAUAGUGGCCCAAAAAAAAGUAGCAUGCUUCAAGAGUUACAGCGAUUGGGACUUUAGUUAAAACAUUUUCUUUUAAUAACCUUCUGGGAAG